CUCAGUAACAAUUCUCACUGCCGGCAUCAUGUUCAUAAAUAAUAAAGCUGCCGGAAUUAAAACAAGAUAGACCGUGUUUGCUACCAACCUUUUGGUGCAUUAUCUGCGUCGCCAUUAUUUUCUUAUAACACGAGAAAAAAUUCUGAAUUUUUGCACCUUUUAACGUCAAAUUUCAAGCAAACAUUCAAUUUGGAAGUGGAAAGAAAGAUACUUGGAAGUCGAAGCAAAAUGACGAUUGCAGAUAGUUUGCAUUAUAUUGCCGUUGGGAAUCCCCUAAGUAAAUUUACAAUGAACGCAGCAAAUUCGUUAUUGGGCCGCAGCUCUGCUAUGAGGGUAAAUGCAAUGUCUGUAAGCAAUCUUAAUACAGUAAAUGCAUCUUUGAUGUCCGGGAAUUUAGUAAAAGCUAUGCCUCCAUUGUGGGAGUUGGCAGGCCAUAAUCGGAAUUUUGUACGUUUGGCUGGUUUAAGCGGGGCGGCUGCAGUCAUCCUGGGAGCGAUUGGUAGCCACAAUGCAAAGUUUAAAGAUAAUGCUGAAAUGCGAGCUGUUUUUGACACAGCUAACCGGUUUCAUUUCUUUCACUCAAUAGCCCUAAUGGGUAUUCCAUUGGCUAGGUAUCCCAUGGUGACAGGCUCUUUGAUGUUAGUUGGCAUGUCCCUUUUUAGUGGAUGUCUUUAUUAUCGCGCUUUUACUGGAAAUAAGCCACCCUUUGCUCGAAUGGCUCCUAUGGGAGGAACUCUGCUGAUUGUAGCUUGGCUCUCUUUGUUGCUAUAAUGCAGAAAAAUCCUUGGAUAAAAAUGUUGCAGAAAAUUGGUGUAGUACCAAACUGGAGCCUGAUUCUAUUUUAUUGAAAUUCUUUAAUACUUAUAUGAUAUUUUCCAAAUUUGUAUUCAUGAUUUUUCUACUGCCGAUAUGGGAAUUAAAACUUUUGUAUGUAUUUUGA